UCCAGCAGCAGCAGCAGCAGGAGUGUGUGCUGCUCCUCCUGUGUGCCCGGUACCCUGCUUGCUGACCACUGGCAGAGCAUGCCAGCCAAUGGCAGUGAUUGAUCCCCUCACCCAGGCUCCCACUUAAGUACCAUGAGAACAGGAGCUGAGGUGCCCCCCAGUCCCGGACCCACUGCACAUCUAUCCUCAAGGCAAGGAGCAGAUCUGCCCCAGCUGGGGGUCGUUUUUACUGCUUUUCAUGACUUCAGGAUUUAGUGUGCACCUGUGCCAGCCUCUCUGUAUACAGGAUCUGAUGUGGGAGCUGCCAGGUGUUCCCAGUUACACCACCCUGUGCGUACUGGUCCCAGUGUGGGAGGGGGCUGAUUUCUUUCCUACAAGAGGAUCUGAUACCAACCUGGAUUUGAAACUAAUGAGCACCACUAAAAGGAUUAUGAGCCUCACACAGGGACCUCUCUCUAAUUAGGAUACAAAGCUGCUUCAGUGAUAAAGCCAAAAGGUAACAGAACCUUGAUAAGUAUCAAGAACGAAUGUAAAGCCAAGUCCCCUCAGCCCCAAGCACCAAACAAAGACUUUGUACAAUAACAUAUCUUAUGUGGAGCAAUCUUCUCAUCAUCUCUAGACUUACUUGGACAUUAGCAUCGACCCUCCUGCCCUGUAAACCAGCUUCUACAAAGAAUAUAUACAUUGAUUCCGUGAGAACAUUAGUCUAUGCCAGAAAAUUCCAGGUUCUCCAGAUCAAAUCCAAAGAGGUUCAGGCUAAAGACUGUGCACAAAGAAAAUUAUAAAUUCCACAUUAGCAGGUGGGGAUUUUGUGUUGACCAGCCUUGAACUUGGAGAACAUUCAUUAUGGUGGAACUUUACAAGAGUUUUGAACUUUCAAGAGAACUCAUCCUGACUGAGUUUGGAUUGUAGAAGCUUCAUGUUCUGGAGUUGGUCAUUUUUAUUUACAAGUUGUAUUUGAGAAGGAUAUCACAAUGUACCUCUUUGUGAUACUACAGCUCCACACACUGUGGUUGUCUAUAUCCAUAGCAAUGCAGCAUGGUGGCCACUAUGAUGUGUGCAAGACUCUGUCGAGGUAUGAUGAGCAGUUGGUCUGGGAAUAUAUGGCUUGUCAACCAGAAUCUACCGACAUGACCAAAUAUCUGAAGGUGAAGUUGGACCCUCCAGACAGCACAUGUGGUGACCCUCCAGAAAGCUUCUGUGCCGUGGACAAUCCAUAUAUGUGCAACAAUGAGUGUGAUGCCAGCACAAAGGAACUUGCUCAUUCCCCGGAUCUCAUGUUUGACUUUGAGGGCAGAAAUCCAACCACAUUCUGGCAAUCAGUGACAUGGAAGGACUAUCCUAAUCCUCUAGAGAUAAAUAUCACACUGUCAUGGAACAAAACUAUCGAACUGACCAACAACAUUGCUAUUACGUUUGAGUCUGGUCGACCAGAGAAAAUGAUCCUUGAGAAGUCCUUAGAUUAUGGCAGAACAUGGCAACCCUACCAGUUUUAUGCUACAGACUGUCUUGACGCCUUCACAAUGGAACCCAAGUCAGUGAAGGAUCUAACCCACCAUACAGUGCUGGACAUUAUUUGCACCGAGGAGUAUUCUGGUGGAUAUAUGGCUCAUGCCAAAACCAUAUCUUUUGAAAUAAAGGACCGAUUUGCAAUUUUUGCUGGGCCACGAUUACACAAUAUGGCAUCACUCUACAGUCAGUUGGACACAACAAAAAACUUGCGUGAUUUCUUCACCGUGACUGAUUUAAGGAUUAGGCUUCUCAAACCAUUCACUGGGGCUACUUUUGUGGAUGAAAGGAACUUGAAACGAUACUUCUAUGCCAUAUCGGAUAUAAAGAUUCAUGGCAGGUGUAAGUGCAAUUUGCACGCAAAUACAUGCGUGUUCACCAACAACCGCCUGUCCUGCGACUGUGAACACAAUACGACGGGGCAAGACUGCGAGCGCUGUAAGAAGAGCUACCAGGGGCAGGCGUGGAGUCCUGGCUCCUACCUCACCAUCCCUAAAGGAACAGCCAAUAUCUGUGUCUCCAGCAUCCCCAGCACUGUACAGGACAAGAAACGGAAACAAACCUUCACUGCGGCGCUUUCAAACUAUGGUAGGAUAAAGAUGAACUCUUCAUUCAUAGAUGUAAAAAUAAGGUCAGUUUUGCCCAAAUUAGCCGCCUCUACUGUUUCACCUGCUCAAGUUUCGAGCCACAAGAGAGAUUGCUUUUGCCAUGGGCACUCCAACCGCUGCAGUUACAUCGAAGUUCUAAAUACGUCAGUCUGCGUGGGCUGUAGACACAACACUCGUGGUCAGCUGUGUGAGAUGUGCAGGAGAGGCUUCCACAGAAAUUUACCUGCCAAACUGGAGGAUGAAAAUGUUUGCAUAGCCAACGUUUGCGACAAUGAGCUGUUGCGUUGUCAAAAUGGUGGCGUUUGCUACAAUAACGUGAGAUGCCACUGUCCUUCUGGUUACACCGGCAUCUUGUGUGAGAAGCAAAAGUGUGAGGAAACUGGGGGUUGCUCUUCCAAAUCGGGACAAGAAGCUGUGUCCCUUAACUCCCAGAUGGCCAUGACCGUUAUUCUAAUCGCAUCUCAACUCUGCACUUUCUAAAACAAAUGGACGCUUUCCCCUGACCUACGGAUUCCUCUGAAAGAUCAUGUGACUUUUAACGACAGAAGAAAAUGAAAUUUAAUAACAAUGAUAAGGCCUGAGUGAACUAAGCCAUAUUUAUCAAACUGCAGACGAGAAAUUUCUGACUGUUAUGUUUCUGUCUGACAGCAAGAUGGCGGCUGAUAUGCGAAUGCCAACAGCUGUCGAAACCUUCGACCCAAGUGGGAGACCUAAGCAAGAAGGCACCUCAAGCAAGACUGUUGUCAUGGUAACCAGAGAGGUAGAGACCAUCAGGAGCCCCUUACAAGAUGGCUGCUUCCAUGGCAACCCUAAAUGCAAUUAAUUUGUUGUUUCUCCUUAAAUAUGCCAAAUUAAAAACAAAGGACAGCAAAAGCUUGUUUGCCACUUCCACAAGGUCAUUGCACCUCUCUGCCCAGUGUAUGGACCAACCAAAUAGCGUCAUUCUUUGCUGCCAGUGCAUUGUGGGUAAAGGAAUGCGGCCAUAUUGGUCCCCUUAUGCCCUUACACCUGUGCUUUUGUGAACGUCGCUCCGUAAACUCCUUGUUGGUCAAACAAUUUUCUUUGUCCGGUGUUAGUGGCUCACAUGAAUUCCUUCCCCAGAUCCUCUCCCAAAAAGAGAGUACAUUUAAGGCUUGAAUAUGUAAAAAGCGCCAUGUCUAUGAGAACGUGGCAUAUACACAUGAGAAAAGGCUAUAGAUUAAGCAAAAAUAAAAUGUAUUUAUCCUUUUUGUAUUCAAAUAAGGUUAUUUUUCUUGAAAUAUGAACGAUGUAGAUUUUUUGUAUUCUUGCAAAUCCGUGUUUAAAAAAAGACAAUCUAUCAAAUCGAUCUUCAUUCAAUACAGAAUGAAAAAAUAGCGUUUUUAUUAAUAUUAUUUUUAUUUCUUUUUUUAAUUUCUUUUUUUAUGCUUAUUGUUAUUUAUUUGUUUCACCCUUUGGCGACCAGUUGGGUUUGAAGUUCCCCAGGACCCUUUGGUCGUAAAACGGGUAUCUUGCUCAGAAAUUCUUCCGUAGGGAGCGUGUGCUAAUAUCAUGCAGAGACACAAGUUUACAUAUAUAAAAAAGACGUGUAAUAUUGUUCCACCAAAGGAAAUUCUAAAUGUUUUCUUGUUGUUUUAAAACACUGGAAGAUUUAAAAAAGGAAUAAAACAGAUCUCAAAACAGUUUAAUGAAAAUACAA